GCGGGGCCAGAGCCAAAGGGGAUCUUUGUCACAGCCUGGGGACAGCCAGGAACAAUGCUCCUAAAAAUAAUCAUUUGUUUUAAUGUGAUUUAGUGGGGUCAGAAGCCGCCGUGGUGUCGGUGUAGUUUGGCCUCCCCUUUGCACAAGCCCUCUGUUUUGCACAGAUAAACAAAACUCUACAACUUUGUGAAAGCUGUAAAACUGGCAUGUUUAUUACAUUGUGUUUAUUACAGUGUAUUUAUUACAGGUAUGUUUAUUACAGUGCUGGAGGCAUAUGGAGAUUACUCUCUUUAAAAUACUUACUUUUGGGGACUUCAGGUCUCUUUUUAUUUUCUUCUCAAAUACAUAUGCAUACAAUUUCACAAUAGGUUCAUACAUGGUCAUUUUUAUGAUUUUUGCGUGACGUUUGCUGCUAGUUCUUUAUCAGAAAGAAUUCCUAGGUCAGGCUGACCUGCUCUCACAGUUGUCUCUGUUUCUCUUUAUCGCUUUUUGUCUCUGUCUUUCACUGAGGCAGUUUCUCUGAGCUUAGGCUUUUUUGCAGUCAGGCUAAAUAGCUAUGUUUGCAAACUACAGACUUAAAGACGUACAUUUCACUUAAAUCAAAAUGGAUCUCUCCUCUGGAGAAUUUCUACUUUGUCUCACCUCAGCAUCUCUCUGGGUUGAUCCCCCUCCAAUAAACUGUUCUUUGAGGAGAAAUGCAUCAAUAUUAAACAUCUGUCAGGUGGGGAACCCAGCCAGUGCUGCUUCUUGCUUUCCCACUCAUCCCUUAAGGAUGUCAGGGAGUUGAGAUUUUAUUCUGUGUUGCUGAUUAAAAAAAAAAAAAUUAAGCUGAGUGUUUCAGGGUCUGUAGCCAAUCUCUACUGUUAGAAACAGGAGAAAAAGCUCUACCCUGUUAGAAACACAUAAGGAAAUCUUCAUGGAUGCUUAUCUCAGGGAUUUCUGUUUUGAUGGUUAUUCUAAGAGGACUAAAAGUGCAUUAAAUAUUGGAUGAUGAGUUCAGUCCCCUGUAAUUAAUGUCUGAACAUUAUAGAAGCUCCUGCCCUUCUGAGAUGAUUUAUUUCUAUAUUGUAAUUUAAAUUCUGAAAGGCUGAGAUAAUUUAUGGAAAUCAAUCAUCUCCAUAUUCCACAGGACUUCCAUCUUGGCACUAUGGAACUUCUGGGGGAGCUGAUCUUUUCCUGACAGUUUCAGGGGGCCUCGAUGCUCCUGGGGCUCCCCAUGUGAGGUGAAUGAAGCUGCCCAGGGUUAUCUGAGCUUAUUUAAUACACUUAAUUAACCCACAGUAAUGCCUCAUGCACCAGAGUUGCUGCUGAGGUGGGCAGUGGGUGAGCUGGCGCUGGGCUGUUCCCUGGAGCACUGUCUUGCUUUCAUCCCUAACAGGGUGGAUUUCUCCCCAUCUUGGAGUUUUGUUGGGCUGUGCUGACCUUGAUGAACUGUUCCAAGUUCAUUGGGCCUCACCUCUUUCCUCCAUAUGUGGUUUCUCUUGCUGUGUUGGCAGCCAGCAGAGCAGCGCUGUUUUAAUUUAAGCCAUGGUGGUGUUGCUUGGCAGAAUUGCCAAGAAAACAAAAUGGGAUUUUUGGGUUUUUCAGGUCAUUGCUCUUAAUCUUUCACUUCAGAUGGUACAGACAUCCUGAAGCAGUGCUGUGCUCUGUGAACUGCUCCCCUGAUGUGCUUUCAACCAGGGUGAGGGGCUGGCCUGUCCCUGUGGAUCCAGGCUUUGGGUAGUUGAGCAUCCUUUAAUGGGAGCAGGAGCUGCUCUCAGGGUCUCCUUUUUCUUUCCUUCCCUGUAUGAUACAGAGAGGUAAAGGCAGAGGUGUGCCUGCUCUGUAUCUCUAGUCAGACUGAAUCCAGCCCAUAAUAACCCAGUAGAUUUUGUCCAAGCUGUUAUUCCACAUAUGUUGAAACAAAACCUGAAGUUUGCUCUGGGUGCUGCUUGUCUGCCUGGUCACUCUGGGUGAGGAAAAGGGAAUCCAGGGACACGGCUGCUCUGGUGCUACAGUUUAACAAAACCCUGGUGAAAUCUGCUUCCCCCUCACCCAGGCCUCAGCAUCCCGGGUGGAGGAGCAGCUGAAGGAGCAGCAGCAGCAGAAGGCAGCCAGCCUGAGGAGGUUCCAGGGCGAGGUGAGGCAGCGCGUGAACCGGCAGGCCAGGCUGCGCCGCAGGCUGGAGCUGCAGAAGGCCUACGAAGCUGUAGAGAGGGAGAACAGUGCUGCUGUGCAGUACUCAGCCCCCUGGAAGAACACGUGCCUGUUCCAGAGCCUCCCUGCUGCCAUCAUCUGUGCACCCAGUGGCUGUGACCCAGCCCAGCCAGAAGGGGAGCACGGGGAGCCGUUCCAGCAGCAAGCUGCCGAGCUGAGCAGGGCAGUGCAGCAGGUGCGGCGCAGGCUGGCGUCCCGCAGGAUCCUGUCCCACGCGUCCCACGGAGCCUGGAGGCAGCAGGAUCCAGAGCCUUGCCCAGCACCUGCAGUGCCCAUGGAGGAGAGUGAGGAGCUGCUGCUGGCAGGACACCACGAUCUGCCUGCUGAGCUGCUGGAGCAGGGCACAGCUGCACGUGCCACUGGGCAGGAUGAUGGCUUCUACAUCAAAAUUGAGUUUAAAAAAGUCUGUGGUGGGACAGUGAAGGACUCAAGCUCUCCUGGGAGGCCACCCAGUGAAUGCCAACCUCCCCUCAAGCUCUGGGCUGGUGUGGAGCAAGAGGAAAGCAGGAAGCAGGAUUAAGAGGCAGAAGGAGAAUGAGCGGCGGGCAGAGGAGCAGAGGAUGAGAGACGUGGCUGAGCAGAGAGAGCCCUCCCCAGGAGAGGGAACCUGGGCAGCCCUGGCCCAGCUGCAGCUGGAGGAGAGGAGAGUGAGGGACAGACAGCAGCGGGAUAAGGAGCACGUGAGGUAUCUUGAAGCUCUGAGAGCCCAGAUGAAGGAGAAAGUCAAACUCUGUAACAUUGACUUGCCCCCACUGUGUUCCUGUGGGUCUGAUUUUUGGGAUUCCCACCCGGAUACCUGUGCCAAUAACUGCGUCUUCUACAAAAAUCACAAAGCCUACAGCCAGGUGCUGCACUCGGUGAUCUCCUCCUGCGGCUCUGCAGCCACGCGCUCUCUGCAGGACCUGGCUGCUCUCUGUGCCCGCUCGGGGAGGCGCCUGUGACCCAGAGCAGGGAGCGGGGCUGUGCCUGUGCCUGGGCCGUGUCCUGCCUGCCCUCCACGCCAGCUGCCAGGACGGCGUCACCUUUGCUCUCCCAGGCUGUGCUGUGCCUCUCCCACUGUGCCCCAGGGGUGCAGCUGGCCGGGGCGAUGGUCGAUGGUCGAGGUGAAGGAAGCAAUUGCUCUGUGGAGUUGGUUUAUGGCAGGCACUUGCAUUCCAGUAGCUGACUAUUGACUGCACAUCCUUAUCGACUAAUCGUUAUUGUGGAAUAAACUACUUUCAAGGAU